AUGCUAUUCCUUUUUCUCUGGCUCACAGUCACCGCCGAGCACAUCAUUAACGAGUUCUCGAGUCGUUACGGCUACAUUGGACCCGCUUGUGCGGUUGAGGACGGUCAACUUUUCCUGCACGGUGUGCUAGUGCGAAAUUUGAGUGACACAGAGGCUGAUGAGUUUAAAAAGUAUCAACAUCUAUUGCAGACAUUUAAGAGACUGAGCGAAAAUCGUCAAAUCGCCGACGCUCCAGUGAUUCCACCAUUUUGUGGUGGCGUUGACGAUUCAACAGAAAUCGUGCUAAAAGAUUGCAUUGUUCGGAAUCUUCACGUUUAUGUCGGGGAAACACUCUUGCGACCACUCAACAACAAAGAACGGCAAAAAGUAAGCACAAACAUUCCUGUUUUCCACCAACCAACUGGUGAAAACAUUUCCGAUCUCAUUCAUCGUUACUUGAAAAUCAACUCCUCAAUCACAGCUCGUUUCCUGCCCGUUGUCGGUCAAUCAGCGAUUUUCUCUCCUUUAAACGAAUGGGAUCCAAUCGCUAAAAAACCAAUCUCUGCUCCAAACUCAUCCGAAAUGUUUUCUUUCACAAAAGUCACGAAUUCUCCCACUCCAAUCCCUCCAGAUACAACAAAAGCAACAAAUUUGACGACAAGUGAAUAUUUGAAAACAUUGAUCCCAUCCAGACCAACGAGGAGUCGAUCAAUUGCUGAAACAACAACGUCUCUCGAACCGAUUCGUCGCUUCGGUCAUUUUGCUCGAAAGCCUCCGACGAGAUGGGAUCUAAUGAAUGCAAGCGCUCAAUUAUCACAGUACGCAAAGGCGAGAAAGGAGACGAAAAGUGAAGAGACAGUCAAUGAUCCGACGAUUCUAUCGAUCAUCGCAAGCUUUAAAUCU